AAUAAUGACAGUCACCCUUUGUCGGAUUUUAGAUUGUAGAUGACACACUGACAUGAGUAACGGAGUGGUUUCCGUUGGUGGUAUUGGAUUUGUUGAGUCAUUGGGUUAUAUGGAAUAAAAAUAAACCAAACUAGCAGUGGUGGAUGGUGGAGAUAGGGGUUGUAGACCGCCGAUAUUGUAGCGCUUGCGCAAAAUUAAUUUCUGUCCGGAUCAACCCUGAGUUUUUUAGGCGUUCAGUAGUGCCUAAACACUGUAAAAAGGCCUAAUGAUUACUGACGUUGACGCCCGGAUACUGAAUGAUCCAGUGGAAGAUGGAGAAAACGCCUGAAUUGUCCAGACGACUGGAUAUUAUUUAUUUAACCGGUGGUGAAUAAAAACAAGCAGGAUGAACGACUCACCGCAAAACUCUGAGGCUGUUGCUGCUCGACGAACCGGCACCCAUGACAAUAGUGCUGACGAAGAUGAUUGGAGUGCUAUUGUUGAAUGUACUGUCCUGGAAAGAUCACCAUCGGAUAGAGUAACAAGAGCUGACGAGGAUCGACGGAGACGUACUAUUAUUGUUGAAAAGAAAAACGGAACGUAUGGUUUCACAUUACAAAGCUACGGAAUUCACUACAAACGUGAGCAGGAAAUAGAAAUGGUUACUUACGUGGACUUUGUCGAGUACGAUGGACCGGCAUUCAAAGCCGGGAUGCGAGAAGGUGACGUUAUUUUGUCAAUCAACGGACAUGAAAUGGACCGCGCGGAUCAUAAGACACUGGUUAAUUUCAUUAAGAAUUGUGACUCGCGUAUGCGUAUGGUCGUCUCCUUUGAAGAUUGUGUGAGAAAGGUCGAAUUACAUAUGCGGUACAUUGAGCUUCAGCGUGCCCUGCAGUCCCGUUUAGCUGAACUUGACAGACUAUGUGAGCGAGAGCGGUCUAUUUUAAUGGGUAGAUGGAAGACUCAUUCACUUCCUGCAAGAAAAAAGGCACCUAAUUGCAGCGUCAACGACGAGGAUCGAGACUCUGGUCCGGCUGGAUUCACCUCGAAUUUACCUUGCUGCAGACCCGCUACUUCCAUUGAGCACCUACUUUUAUACAGCGUUUAUACAGACGGUCGACCAUGCCUUAUACCUCGGAGUGCUGCGUGUUUGGUGACAAUAGGUCCUCCACGAUCACGCAGCGAUCACCACUAUUUUUUAUCUAAGAAUUCCAAUGACGUCAGCCUAGGACGAUACAGCUAUCACCAGACUAAUGGAUUACCUUCCACUCCGGCUAAAAAUAAAGCCAACAGCGGUCAGCAGAAACCCGCAGGACAAUCACAAAUUUCGACCAAAGAAGAUAACGCACAUUCUACUAUGCACAGUAAUUUAUGUGUAGCUUGUAUUUCUAGCGCUAAUCAGCGACAACGCGAACCUGCAGAGGGAGCGAGUCUGGAUGUUUAUGAUCUUGCUAGUCCUUGUUGUGAUCCAAAUUGCGUACCAAGUCGUAGGAGAAGAGAGAAGCAGAGAAGAAUGCGAAGCGAGCAGCAACAACUUCAACAACAACAGCAGCAACAACAACAACAACAACAACAACAACAACAACAACAACAACAACAACAACAACAACAACAACAACAACAACAACAACAACAUCCAAAUCAUUGCUCAAGAGCAUCAGGACAUAGUCUUCAUUCCAUUACCAGCAGUGAAAUUUCUACAAACGUCGAAAGCGGGGCAUCUUGCUCGACUUCUCUAAGCACAGAUACCCUCUAUUGGGACCCCAAUGUCCAGCAUCGGCCUCCAACCUGCAUUCAAUACUCGAAGCCCAAAUCCUGGGAUAAUUUGACCACUAAAGCUUUUGGAGGCUACGGUUUUGGGUACGGGUACUUGGACACUGCGGCUAAAACUCACAGCGCGGAGAGACCAAAGUCACAUAAUCGAAAGAGCUCCGGGUCUAAUCGAAGGUCUACUUCUACUGCCUAUUCUACGGGGUCACAAAGGCACUUUCAGCCGACAAAGUCUACGGAGAGCUUGCUGGUCCAGAGUCCCUAUCAAAGCGAAUUGGAUUCCACUCACAGUUGCGAGUGCCUGGAUAAGUCAGACAGAAGCAGUUCGACGACUAUUGCUACCGCGGGGACUGCAGAGAAGCCUAAAAAACACGACCAGGAUGGACAUCACCAUCAUCAUCAUCAUCAUGACUCACAUCACCAUCAUCAUCAUCAUCAUCACCAGGGCAGGCAUCGCAAAUCUAGUCAUUCGGGCAGCAAAGACAAAACCGCCAAAAGUUCGGAAGUCACUAGACUUUAAUUUUUUCAUGGCCUAGUCAUAGUAAUUAUAUCUUAAUAAAUUACAUGUGUAUAAUAAAAAA